AUGUCCGCCCCCUCAUCAACACAAUCCAUCCCAUCAACAGGCUCCUCCCUCUCACCCGACUCCCUCGCACCAUCGCGCCGAAACCCCUCAGCGGCAUCAAGCACAUCAAACGCCUCAACAAUCCCCGAGUGCGAGAAGAUGGACAUCUACAUCCUCGUCCCCAAGCACUCUACCACGCACCCGUCGCAAUGGGUCCUCUACAGCGGGCCCUACACGGAAACCGCGGACCGGCGCAGCGACGAGCUGUACACGUUCUUCCUCAUCAACAAGAACGAGACCACCAACAAGCUGGCCUUGGGCUUUCGGAUCCAGGGGAUGCCGACUCAUUUUCCGCUCGGGGACUGGAAGACAAGACGGCUGGUCACUUCGGAGAUGGGCGAUGGCGCGGAGGAUAUGGCGAGGCUUGUGGCGGCUGUUACGCGGGCGGUGGAGGUUCCGGUUGAGGUUGAGGGUGAACGAGGUGGGUUUAUCGGUGGGGUGAGGCAUUGGUUUGUUGGUCUUCUUGAGGAGUUGGUGGGAUUUGGGUGGGUGAAUAAGGAGUGGGAGAAGGAGCUUGUUGAGGAUAUUGUGGGGAGUAAGACGGUUUGUAGUAAGGAGGCGGAUCCGGAUUGGGUUGCUAAUAUUUUGGGGGUUAUUAAUUAG